GUUUUUGUGUGUUUGUUUAUGUGUUUGUCGUGGAGGAGUGAUCUGUGCCUGUCCAUGUGGCUGUAUGACGAACCAGGCUGUUGCCACGGUGACGGUGGUGGUGGGCAUGACACAGAUGCGGGAGGUGGAGUUUGUGCCCGAUGGAGACAUGCAGCUGGACAAAUUGUGUUGGUCAUUGGUCAGACUGGAGUUUACAUGUGUACCUCCUUCACCAUCAUUGGUGGACACUUCACCAUGAGUCAUCAGUAUCACACCAAAAUUGAUGACCUCAUUGAAAGAACCAGCACAUCCAUGACUCAAGGAAUGACAGACAAGCUGCUGUCAGUACUUGAAUCAGUUAUAUCCAAGCUGGGCAGAUACGACGAAGGCAGCUUCAUUGGGUCAAUACUGUCCUUUACGUAUCGUCAGAAUGUAAGUGGAUCAGGAAAGGAGUUGGGAAAGGCAUACAUCAACUUUGCCAGGAACUCUAUGGACCAGAUCAGACAAAAAGUUAAUGAUGAGCUCUGGAUUCUCAACCUGUUUGAGGUGCAAAUUAGUUGUAUUUGGGACCUGAGGUUACUAUAUGUCAAGGGCCUUUUUAAUACUGUACAUCUCAUCUCUCCAAACAACAUUUUCAACUAGAUAAACUUUAAAACU